AUGCAGAACGAGGAGGGUAAGAUGGUGGACCUCUACGUCCCCAGGAAGUGUUCUGCCACGAACAGGAUCAUCACUGCCAAGGACCAUGCCUCUGUGCAGAUCAACAUUGGGCACUUGGAUGAGAAUGGUGUGUAUGUUGGCAAUUUCACCACGUUUGCUCUCUCUGGGUUUGUCCGUGCUCAGGGUGAUGCUGACAGCUCAUUGGACAGGCUGUGGCAGAAGAGGAAGGCUGAGAUCAGGCAGUAG